AGAGGCCCAGGGGACAGCUGGGGACAGGCAGACAUGCGGCCAGGGCUGCGGGGCCUGCACAGGGGGUGCCAGGCCCUGUGACAGGAGGACCCGCGCCCCGGCCCGGGGAGGGGCCAUGGUGCUGCCUGCCCGCCAUGUCGGCCGAGGUGCGGCUGAGGCGGCUGCAGCAGCUCGUGCUGGACCCUGGCUUCCUGGGGCUGGAGCCCUUGCUCGACCUUCUCCUGGGCGUCCACCAGGAGCUGGGCGCCUCCGACCUGGCCCAGGACAAGUACGUGGCCGACUUCUUGCAGUGGGCGGAGCCCAUUGCGGCCAGGCUUAAGGAAGUCCGGCUGCAGAGGGACGACUUCGAGAUUCUGAAGGUGAUCGGACGCGGGGCGUUCAGCGAGGUCGCCGUGGUGAAGAUGAAGCAGACGGGCCAGGUGUAUGCCAUGAAGAUCAUGAACAAGUGGGACAUGCUGAAGAGGGGCGAGGUAUCGUGCUUCCGGGAGGAGAGGGAUGUGCUGGUGAACGGGGACCAGCGCUGGAUCACUCAGCUGCACUUCGCCUUCCAAGACGAGAACUACCUGUACCUGGUCAUGGAGUACUACGUGGGCGGGGACCUGCUGACGCUGCUGAGCAAGUUCGGGGAGCGGAUCCCGGCUGAGAUGGCGCGCUUCUACCUAGCCGAGAUUGUCAUGGCCAUAGACUCCGUGCACCGGCUGGGCUAUGUGCACAGGGACAUCAAACCGGACAACAUCCUGCUGGACCGCUGCGGCCACAUCCGCCUGGCCGACUUUGGUUCCUGCCUCAAACUGCGGGCGGAUGGAACGGUGCGGUCGCUGGUGGCUGUGGGCACUCCGGACUACCUGUCCCCCGAGAUCCUGCAGGCCGUGGGCGGUGGGCCCGGAGCGGGCAGCUACGGCCCCGAGUGUGACUGGUGGGCGCUGGGCGUGUUCGCCUAUGAGAUGUUCUACGGGCAGACGCCCUUCUACGCCGACUCCACAGCGGAGACCUACGGCAAGAUCGUGCACUACAAGGAGCACCUGUCUCUGCCCUUGGCGGACGCGGGAGUCCCCGAGGAGGCUCAGGACCUCAUCCAGCGGCUGCUGUGCCCCCCGGAGGCCCGCCUGGGCCGGGGCGGGGCAGCCGAUUUCCAGAAACACCCCUUCUUCUUUGGCCUGGACUGGGACGGUCUCCGGGACAGCGUGCCCCCGUUUACCCCGGAUUUUGAGGGUGCCACUGACACAUGCAACUUCGAUAUGGUGGAGGAUGGGCUCACUGCCAUGGUGAGCGGGGGCGGGGAGACACUGUCGGACAUGCGGGAAGGCGUGCCGCUGGGCGCCCACCUGCCCUUCGUGGGCUACUCCUACUCCUGCCUGGCGCUCAGGGACAGUGAGGUCCCAGGCCCCACCCCCAUGGAACUGGAGGCCGAGCAGCUGCCUGAGCCACACACGUGCGUGCCCAGCCUGGAGCCCCCGCUGCCCCUCCCGGAGGAAAGGGCUGAAGUGGCAGUGCCGGCGGCCGACCCCGCGGCGGAGGCCGAGGCGGAGGUGACGCUCGGGGAGAUCCAGGAGGCCCUGGAGGAGGAGGUGCUCACGCGGCAGAGCCUGAGCCGCGAGCUGGAGGCCAUCCGCACAGCCAACCAGGCCUUCGCCAGCCAGCUCCGCGAGGCCGAGGCCCGGAACCGGGACCUGGAGGCGCACGUUCGGCAGCUGCAGGAGCGGCUGCAGCUGCUGCAGGCCGCCGGAGCUGCAGCUGUCACGGGGGUCCCCAGUCCCCGGGCCACGGAUGCACCUUCCCAUCUAGAUGGCCCCCCGGCCGUGUCUCUGGGCCAGUGCCCGCUGGUGGGGCCAAGCCCCUUGCACCGCCGCCACCUGCUGCUCCCUGCCAGGGUCCCUAGGCCUGGCCUAUCGGAGGCGCGUUCCCUGCUCCUGUUCGCCGCUGCUCUGGCUCAUGCCCCCGCCCUGGGCUGCGCUGGGUUGGUGGCCCGCGCCCGCCAUCACCCCGCGGCCUGGCGCCGCUCCGGAGCCCCCUUCGUCCCCCGAACCCUAAACUCCGGACUGUGCGCCCCUCGGGCCCCGUCGGGGGGUUGGGUGACCUGGCGCGGCCCAGAAGCCGCUCCCGACCUUCCGAGGGCGCUCGGGGCCCCAGCUCCGGUCCUGUGAUCCGGGCCCGCCCCCUGGCGGCCGGGGAGGGAGGAGCAGGGUCCGCGGCCGGCGCGCGGGGCUCCGGGGGCUCAGGGGAGAGGGCCGCUGCGGGGGGCUGCGGACCCCUCGUUCAUCCCGGGCUGGCGCCCCGCCGUCCCGAGAGGGCAGCAGGCCGAGGCGCGGCCGCCCGGGGCUCCCUUCUGCGCACCCCCACCCGUCCCGUGCACGAGACCCUGCCCUCCGGGGGGCGUGCCGUUCCCGUGGCGACCUCCGCCCGCUCCCGCGGGGCUCCUGCGCCCCCUUUGCACGUGCGCUGCUCUCGGAGCCACGCCGGCUCCUCCCGCCUCGGCGGUGUGGAUAUUUAUUAACUUUGCCCUCCCGACCGCUGACGGGCCCCAGGACCCCGGCACUCCAGUCCACGUUUGGAUGCACUGAGACCCCCGACAUUCCUCGGUAUUUAUUGUUUGUCCACACCUGGGACCCCACCCCCAGCCCCUCGCCAAUAAAAAGCCCUCUACUCGGCCCGAGCCCGGGACUCCGCGGCGUAGGCUCUG